UUUGGGAUCUUUGACUAGCAUUCAUGACAGGGCACGCGAGUUGUUUUACUACUUGAAGGGUGGGGUGGUGGAUUAUGGAGAGGAGCAUAGCAGGAUUUAUGGGCAUUCUCGAUUUGGGAAGGACUAUGAACAAGGAAAUUAUCCUGAUUGGGAUGAGCAUCAUCCAGUCCAUUUUGUUGGCCAUUCUGCUGGAGCUCAGGUUGUUAGGGUUUUGCAGCAAAUGCUAGCUUAUAAGGCAUUUGAAGGCUAUGGGAACACUUCUGAGGAUUGGGUGCUAAGUCUUACUGCCUUAUCUGGAGCCCUUAAUGGAACCACCAGAACAUAUUUUGAUGGAAUGCGGCCAGAAGAUGGGAGGUCAAUGAAAACAAUCUCUCUUCUUCAGUUAUUGAGAUUGGGAGUCAUAUUAUAUGAUUGGGUUGACAUUACUUUCCUUAAGAACUAUUACAACCUUGGGUUUGAUCACUUCGAAAUGGCAUGGAAGAAAGCCGGUUUAUUCGGCCUCAUUGAUCUACUAUUGGGGAAUUCUGGGCCAUUUGCUUCAGGAGAUUGGAUUCUGCCUGAUCUUACUAUUCAGGGAGCAAUGAUUUCAAAUGCAAGUCUGCAAACUUUUCCAAAUACUUACUAUUUCAGCUAUGCGACGAGGAGAACAAGGAAGAUUAUGGGAAUAACUGUGCCCUCAAGUUUGUUUGGAAUUCAUCCAUUGCUCUUUGUUAGAGUCUUGCAGAUGUGCCAAUGGCGUCAUCCUAAAGAUGCACCACCGCCUUACAAAGGUUACAGAGAUGAGGACUGGGAAGAUAAUGAUGGAGCACUCAACACUAUAUCAAUGACCCAUCCUCGAUUACCAGUCGAACACCUUAGCCAAUUUGUAAUUGAUGAUUCAAAGUGUCAUCCUUUGCAGCCCGGGAUAUGGUAUUACAAAGUUAUCGAAGCUGAUCACAUAUUUUUUAUUAUAAAUCGGGAGAGAGCAGGAGUUCAGUUUGAUCUUUUGUAUGAUAGCAUUUUUGAGCGCUGCAGAAAGCAUGUUUUCCGGAUGACUCCACCACCAGUAGUUCCAAAUCACAGCAACCAUUAGGCCAUUUGUUCUCCAUAGUUAGUUGAAGGUCAGGUAAAAAUGUAAAGGCAGUUGAGUUCUCUUACGCUUAUAUGAUUUAAACUGUUAAGAGAAUUAGAUAAUGUAUACAAGUGUCAUUUUGGUUGCUUGCAGCAAUGGUUAGAUUGCAUCUAUGUGUCAAGAAAAAAGAAGGGUAUAUGUUAUCUUGGAUUUGGAACUGUUGAAUAUCUUCAAUAAAUUUAUUUUUAAUGUUUU